GCGCUGCGCCGUGCGCUGCGGCGGGGGCGGCUCCGUUCGGCUCCGCUCCCGCCCCCGCCGCCGCCGCCGCCGCCGCCGCCGCCGCCCCGCUGCCAUCGGCGGCUCCCGGCGCCGCCGCUCGCCGCUCGCUCCCGGGCCCGCCGCAACGCGGGGCUGGCGGGGAGAGCCGCCCCCCCCGCCGCCCCCGCCGCCCGCGCCGCUCCCCUGCCCGGUUCGCCGGCCCCGGGCGCGGGGGAGCGGCGGAGCCCGGCGCCCGCCGGGUGCAUGGACAGGAGCUCCCUGCUCCAGCUCAUCCAGGAGCAGCUGGACCCCGAAAACACCGGCUUCAUCGGGGUGGAGACGUUCGCCAGCCUCGUGCACAGCCAUGAGCUGCCCCUGGACCCCGCCAAACUGGACAUGCUGGUGGCCCUGGCGCAGGGCAACGACGAGGGGCAGGUCUGCUAUCAGGAGCUGGUAGACCUGAUCAGCAGCAAACGCUCGAGCAGCUUCAAGCGCGCCAUCGCCAACGGGCAGCGAGCCCUGCCCCGCGACGUGCUGCUGGACGAGACCGGCCUGGGCUUCUACAAGCGCUUCGUCCGCUACGUGGCCUACGAGAUCCUGCCCUGCGAGAUGGAUCGGCGCUGGUACUUCUACCAGCACCGUACGUGUCCGCCCCCCGUCUUCAUGGCAGCCGUCACCCUCACCCAGAUCAUCGUGUUCCUCUGCUACGGGGCCCGGCUGAACAAGUGGGUGCUGCAGACCUACCACCCCGAGUACAUGAAGAGCCCCCUGGUCUAUCACCCCGGGCACCGGGCACGCGCCUGGCGCUUCCUCACCUACAUGUUCAUGCACGUGGGGCUGGAGCAGCUGGGGUUCAACGCCCUCCUGCAGCUGAUGAUCGGGGUGCCCCUGGAGAUGGUGCACGGCAUCCUGCGCAUCAGCUUCCUCUACCUGGCCGGCGUCCUGGCAGGCUCCCUCACGGUCUCCAUCACGGACAUGCGGGCCCCCCUGGUCGGGGGCUCUGGGGGGGUCUACGCGCUCUGCUCAGCGCACCUCGCCAACGUCGUCAUGAACUGGGCCGGGAUGCGCUGCCCCUACAAGCUGCUGCGGAUGGUGCUGGCGCUGGUGUGCAUGAGCUCGGAGGUGGGUCGCGCCGUCUGGCUCCGCUUCUCCCCCCCACUGCCGGCCUCGGGCCCCCAGCCCAGCUUCAUGGCCCACUUGGCGGGGGCCAUCGUGGGCAUCAGCAUGGGGCUGACCAUCCUGCGCAGCUACGAGGAGAGCCUGCAGGACCAGUGCGGCUGGUGGGUCCUGCUCCUCUCCUACGGCACCUUCCUCCUCUUCGCCGUCUUCUGGAACAUCUUUGCCUACGACCUGCUGGGGGCACAGAUCCCCCCCCCGCCAUAACCCCACCUCAACCGUCCUUUUUAUUUAUCCUUUUGUUUGUUUAUAUAUUUAUUUUCCUCUCGCUGGCCAAGCCCGGUGGAGGGAGGGAAGGGGGGGGGUGGGGGGGGUUUUCCCCGCGCGUGACAUGGGGACAGGUCACCCCCCUGCCCGCCUGCCCCCUCGGUGCUAGCGAGCGCGCCGUGUCCCCCCCACACCCCCCGUCCCCCCCCCCCCCGCCAUGGGCUGGGGCUGCAUCCCCCCCCUCCCCUGUGAAUGUACCCUGGCAACCCCCCCCUCCCUGCUGUGCCCCCCCCCCCCCCCCAAGGAUGCUUCAGCCCUGCCCCGGCAUUGCCAACCCCACCCCGGGGUGCCCACAGGGCUCAGGCUGUGCCCCCUGGGACACAGCCAAAUGGGGGACCCCCCCUCCCGGGCUUGUUCCUGUACCCCCUUUCUGGGAUGGGGGCCGACUCAUUGCCCCCCAGGACCUGCACUUUCACACGAAGGACUGGUGCCAAAAUAGGAGCGAUUUAUUUUUCUAUGCCAAAAUAAAUAUAAAUAAAAGAAAGAGAGAGAAGUAAAAAAAAAAAAAAAAAAAAAAAAAAAAAAA